CUUUUCUUGGCAAGACAAGCUCUCUGAGCCAGUUGCGUGUAACAGGUUUUUCCUCUUGAAUAACUGGGACUUUCUUACGGGACUUUUUUCGGAGAGUUUCUGCACAGAAAACAGGUUAGAAUCGGCACAGACUUGCAAUAGAUGAGGCAACAGCAAAUAUAUCGCCACAAGAAGUUUACAACGGUGAGGCACACAUUUUCCACGUUCACGUUAGAACCAACGGUGUUUCUUUUUUUUUUUUUUUUUUGCUUCUUUUAGCCAAGUUUAGCUGCAAGUUGCUGGCAGAACCACUAACCAGUUAGCUCUUUCUUGAUUGUUGUUGCGCAAGCAGCAGCGGCUGUGGCAGUGGCAGCUGAAAAGCAGCGCAAAAUAAAUCUAACAUGAUUUAAGCAACGGAAAAACAUGAAAUAUUAAUGCCGAUGGUUGACUCUUGGCUCCCAAUUCGAAUCCAUAGUAACGGUGGUCGCUUGGUCUUGCCUUCAUAUCGGCCCCUCCUCUCUAUAUAUACUUCUAUAUAUCUCUUGGCCCUAGACUCUUAACUAAUGAUGGUUCAAAUACGAUCUGUUAGGCUGGAGCCCAGUUAGGCGAUUAGUCCAAAUUUGCUCUGACUAUUGGGCAAUGAACGAGUUGUUCUCCCUUUUUUUAGGCAGUCACUUGGGGGUCAUUGUGGUCAUAGCUGUUCUUGGUUUUGUUUUUACUGGAUUUCUGUUGCCUUUUUUUGGCUGCAGGGGACUUUAAUUACCGAAAUUAGAAACUGGAACUGGAAGAUUCUAUUGAACUUUAUUUAUUGGGCAUUUUUAGAUAAAGGAAAUGACAUUUGUUCUAAGGUUCUUACUAUCUAAGCUAAUGUUUUUCACAAUUAUUAGAUUAAUCUGUUCUGAAAGGCAACAAAGUUCAGUUUAAAAUUCAGAAUGAACUUUAAAAGAAAGUCCCUCAAUAUUUAUUUAAAGUCUUGAGCUAACUUUAAGACUCAUUCAAAAUCUCCCGCCCUUUGGUUUUCCCACCACGAGCAUGCAGAAAUUUCCCGUGACGCUUUUCCACCACAACGGGGAAUUUCCCUAGCCCUCAGCCACACCCUCCGCACUCCCCCGUUCACAAAGCAGACCGUAAGGGUGGAAAAGCUGCGCAACAACGUUCGCCUGUGCUCGUUUUCCUUCGUGUUGUGUCUUCCAGUUUUUCCUGGCUAUGCACUUGGCAUUAUGCCUACUAACCCUAUUUUCGCAGCAGUUCGCAGCGAGUCCCAUUUUUCAACUUGCAUGCGGAUACACACACUCACACACACACACAUACAUCUGGAUUUUCCCAGAAAACUAAGGCGCAACCCCCACGAAACGGAAAGUUUGUGCAGCGGCAGAACGAACUGUGUGUUUGUGGCACUCGAAUUUGGGACACAUUCCUGUAAAGGACGCAGCUCCGGUCAGCUGCUACUCAAAAUCGUAAAAAAAAGGAGUCACACAUAAAAAACGCGCGCGGUGCAUUUAGCUUUUGGCUUCUGAAAGUGAAACAACAAAAAAUAAAAAACAGUGUUAAAUAACCAACAGCUCACGCUAGUGAAAUAAACUAAAUAGUGUAGAAAAUAAUUGAAAAACUUAAGGGUUAAAAAUCUUGGCUUAAAGGAAAAGGGAAAGCUGGAAGAUUUCUGCCAACAUAUUUGCCAAAUAUUGAUCUGCAAGUGUGCCGCUGAAAAAUCGAUUAUUAAAGCCACUUUCCACACACAACCAGCUGGUGGUUGUUGUUGCCGAGGAUGAAGGUGGUGAUUGCCGAUGUGGUGGUGAUGGUGGUGGUUGCAUAGGGUUGCGUGCCGCAAUGUGGGAAAUCAACAGCAACAUUGCUGCCACAUCCACAUCCAGAUCCAGAGGCACACUUCCAACUGUUUUGACGUGGUCGAGUUCCAAUGGCGCUGGUACAACCGAAUGCUGCAGCGCAGCCUUGCAGCCAUCCAGCGGCGACGCGUUGCAUGUGCAGCACCAGCAGCAGCAACAGCAACAGCAACAGCAGGAACAUCAACAGCAGCAACAGCAGCAGCAGCAACAGCAGCAACAACAGCAGCAGCAGGAUACGAAAACGAGGAUGACAACGACCACAGGCAAACGAGGAGGACACAGAUACAGAAACAGGCACAGUCAUCAAAACACAGCAACAAUUGCUGCAUAAUCUAUAAUAAAAAUAAACUAAAUUAAACAAAAAACCCUUAAAGAAAGACUAAGUAAUCACAAACAACUAGAAACGCAAAAGCAUUAAACUGAAACGGAAACUCAAACUCAAACUCAAACUCUAGGCAUCGCACAAAGUUACGUUAAGUAUACGACGCGUAUUUCCAGCUGCAAAACGAACCAAAAACGAACCGAACGAAACGAAACGCACAGGUGCAUCUGUAGACCCCACUACGCCCCUGAAAAAAAUCCCCCUUUCCCCUUACCCCCUCUUCAUUCAAAUCUCACCUCCUCACUGGGGUAUCUACACCAAUUGACAAGCAAUCGGAGGCAAUGCAACAAAAUGAAUGAACUUGUUUAGUCAACAAUUUUUUAAGUGCACUUUCGUAAGGCUGAUUUUGAAUUUAUUUCGAUGUUGUGCUUCUACACCUCAAAAAAGUAUAAAUAAAAGUUUAAAAACAAAAAUCAAAUAAAAAACAAAGAAGAAAAUACAAGCAAUGAACCAAGUGAAAGUGUGAGUGUUUUAGUGUUUUAAGAGCAGAAAAGCGGAAAAGCUUUUGGAUAUUUGAGAGUCUUUGUGAAGAAACGGCCGCCACAACGGAUAGGCCCAGAGAUCUCCUGCUGAUA